AUGAUCAGGGCACCCGCACCCACGCCAGCUCCCGUUGCUGAAUCGCAGCGGAGCUUCAACGAGCGUAUUCGCGCUGAGUCGAUCGCGAGCGCAUGCGCGCAACCGUGUGGCAAUGCGGGGCACUGGGACUCAUUUAGCUCUCUUCGCCAGUCCCCUUGUAACGUCUUCAACCCUUCGCAUCACCCGGCGUUCAUCGCCAGUUCCUUCCAUGCUCAGCGUGCCUUUCUGGAAGGUACACCACCCUGCUCCCGUGAACAUUCACUAUCAGGGGAAGCUCGUCUCGUGCUGUUCCUCAGCACUCAAACCCUACAAGAUCCCUUCACUAAGCACUGCCGCGGUGGUGGGACUUCGCUCCACGUUCGUGUUCACUGCAUUAAGCAGCCUGGAGGUGUUCCGUGGCCUGAGCAUUUUCUCUCCAUCGCCCAGCGACUAUCACUGAAAUACCAGCAACCAGCAACCCUCUUCAUCCUGUCUCCACCACUUCACUUCAUGUGA